AUGGGUGAUUCUGUCGGCACUGUUUCAGUGCCACCGCGGCCCAAGUCGCCGCCGGCCUACCCAGAUUUGUAUGGGAAACGUCGAGAGUUAGCCAAGGUUCAGAUUCUGGAAAGAGAGAUCAGUUUUCUUGAGGAAGAAUUAAAAUCAGUCGAAGGCCUUCGACCUGCUUCACAAUCCUGUAAAGAGAUUGCAGAUUUUGUAACUGGAAACUCGGAUCCUUUUAUACCUACAACGAAGAAGAUUCGCAGAUCUUGUCGCUUCUGGAAAUGGCUCAGUGGAACAUCCUGUUUCAACAUUCCAUGGUUUUGCUGUUGUCCUAAAUGCCCUCGUCCUCAUAUGCCACACUGUUGCGACUGCAAUUUGUUUGUAGACAGUGUUGCUGCAUUCCCAUCUGCUGUUCAAUGCCCAAGUGCCACUGUUCGUCAUGUUUCAAUACUCAAUGCUGUAACAUGUGUGGCGGUUGUUGUAGACAGUGUUGCUGCAUUCCCAAAUGUCCGUCCUGCUCGAUUUAUUUUUGUUUUCCCAGAAAAUGUGCAUGUUGGUAUCCUAAAUGUCCAAAGAUAA